CAAGUGUUUAGUCGGUUUUGAAACGUGAAACGGCGCUGUUGUAUUCGCGGAAAAACGGCGACGAUAAAACGAAAACAAUACCACGAAGAACGCAUGUGAAAAAAAGACGUCGGAAAAGUAGUCGCAAAAAAAAAACAAGAACAACAAAAAGCAAAGCCAAAAAAACGACCAUAAUGCGAAUGUGAGAAAGCAGAAAAAAACACGAAAAUUACACGAUACGAGCACUUCGAGCCUUCGCCUGUGCUCAACAAUAGUCGAACAGCUGUAUUGCUUUCGAAACGUUUAACCUAAUUAAUUGUAGUUAGAUAAUAUCUCUCAUUAAUGUGCAAUUUACGCGCGGAUAGCCAAAAACAUACACACACAAACACGCAUACGCACAGAUGGAGAUAUACGAGUACAUAUGUAUGUUAUCUGUUUAGAGAGAUAUAAAUGAGUGUGCGAAAAUGAAUGAAUAGUCGCAUAGUGCUAGAGAAUAGGCAGUCAAACGCCUGUAAAUAGAUUAAUAAAAUAAGAAAAGAAAAGAACAAAAAACAAAAAAAGCAGAAACGCGACGCUGAAUGUUCAAAUAAACAAUGGGAUUAAGCGGAACGCCGCCGUGGCUGAGAAGUUGGGAGUUGAUUUAGAGAUUGAAUGUUUGCUGGCGCUUGCCUUGUAUCUGUAACCGAGACGCCAGUACAUUACUAUGUACAUAUAUACAUACAUACAUAUGUGUGAAUUACUAUCGAAGCAUUUAAAUCUUAGCUGAUUUGUUAGUUGUUUAUAAUUCAACGCCUGGGCGCGUGCAGUGAGUAAAUAGGCAGCGCAGAACGGAAGUGGUGAUGAAGUAGGCGCCAACAUGUGUAUGUAUAAGUAAAUAGACACGAAUGGGAACAAUAAAAGAAUAAAAAAAGAAAACGAAAGAAAAAAAUAAUAGUAAAAUAUAAUUUAUUACAAAAAAUGUGUUUAUGUGAAGGCUUAAGGCGCCUUAAUGUAUGCAAAUAAUUAUUGAAAACCACAAUAUCAGAGAACAACAACAACCAUAACGAAAGCGAUGCAUUUUUCCAAGCGCAAGUCACACUGCAUUUUACAAAUUGCUUUUUUCAAAGAUAAAACGGAAACUCGAGUAACUGAGUAAAAGUAAAGAAAGUAAAAACAAAGAACUGCAACUAGAUGGAGGAAGCGGCGCUCUAGCGAAGCAAUAAAAAGUGAUUCACUACCAGACUGCCACUGAGACAAAGCGUGUGAAGCGAGCUGAGGGCCCAUCCAUCCAUCCAGCCAGUCAGCAAGCCAGUCAGUUAGUCAGCUAGUCAACCAGUCAGACAGUUAGAGUCAGUUGGUGUGUCAGUGGAUGAGAAAAAGUCAUCAGUCAGCGCAGACGGAAGAGUCAGUCAAAAUAAUAGUCAGUCGACACAUCAGAGCACUUCAGAUUGCAUGCGAAUAUUGCUUGAGUUCACUUAACCAUUAAAGGCCGGCAUUUCCUGUGCACCGACACCCUCUAACACACGAGCCUGCUGGGAUUUUCGCACAGCCAAAAUUUUCUCGUACAAGGCAAUGAACUUUCUGAAGCAGCUACUUGACGGUUGUUUCGUGUUGUGUGGCUUCAGUUUCUUGAUUUUCCUAUAUCUACCGCUCAUGCUGGCGAUGCCGGAACAAACACGUCUGGCGAACGACUUCGAUUACCGUCUACAGCGGGCGAAACAUGUGUUGCGGGAGUCACCGCUCAUCGAUGGUCACAACGAUUUGGCGUGGAAUAUACGGAAAUUUUUGAAAAAUCGUCUGCAAGAUUUUCCUUUUGCAAGCGAUUUGCGUGAAGUGUUGCCAUGGUCGGCGAGCGCUUGGAGUCACACCGAUUUGCCGCGUCUGAAGGAGGGCAUGGUGGCGGCACAGUUCUGGUCGGCAUAUGUGCCCUGCUCCUCUCAACAUAUGGAUGCCGUGCAAUUGACGUUGGAACAAAUAGACUUAAUACGACGUCUGGUAAAUUUGUAUCCCAAUCAAAUGACUUUCGUCACAGAUGCUUCAGGAAUUGAAGAGGUGCAUAGAAGUGGAAAAAUUGCCAGCCUGAUUGGUGUGGAGGGUGGCCAUUCGAUUGGCACCAGUCUGAGUGUUUUGAGAAUGUUCUAUCAGCUUGGCGCUCGCUAUUUGACACUGACACACACCUGCAAUACGCCCUGGGCGGAUUGCUGUAAGGUUGACGAGCCAGGAAAAUAUCCACACAUUGGAGGACUCUCGAAAUUUGGCAAGUUGGUGGUGCAUGAAAUGAAUCGAUUGGGCAUGAUUGUCGAUUUGUCCCACGUUUCAGUGCCGACAAUGCUGGACGCGCUGAGCGCUUCGAAGGCGCCUGUGAUAUUCUCGCAUUCCUCCGCACAUGCCAUAUGCAACAGUUCGCGUAAUGUGCCAGAUCAUGUCCUGCAGAAAAUUGCUGUCAAUGGCGGUUUGGUGAUGGUCGCAUUCUAUCCACAUUUUCUUAGCUGUUCCAGUCAGGCGACACUAGAGGAUGUUAUUGUUCACAUAAAUCACAUACGCGAAGUCGCUGGAGUGGAUCAUGUUGGCAUUGGUGCGGGUUACGAUGGUGUGAAUCUCGUACCCAAAGGACUCGAAGACGUUUCCAAAUAUCCACACCUCUUUGCAGCAUUACUUGAGUCUGAUAAAUGGUCUGAGGCGGAUAUAGCGAAAGUGGCGGGGAAAAAUUUAAUACGCGUAUUCAAAGAAGUCGAAGCGGUACGCGAUCGCAUGGAGCAGAAAAAAGUUCCACCUGUCGAUCAGACUAUACCACCCGAGGAUAUUAUGGGAAGAUCCUACUGCCGUUAUCAAGGACCACGAACGUGAUUACCCUCAUAAGAUAGAGAGAGAGAAGGAGAGAGAGGAAGUGAGAGUGAAAUUCGCCACAACCAAACAAGAAACAAAUAAAUAACUACUACUAAAUAUAUUGGAAAUAAGAGUAUUAAACCAAACGAAUUUCAUAAAUUCGAUGUAUUUCUUUCGCAGCGCACACAAAUUUACAAAAACCAAUUAUACGAACGUUAAAUUACGAAUUAGAAACAAAAAUAUCUACGAAAUAUUAAUACGUUAAUGAAGAAAGCAAAAAGAAGAAAAAAUAUUACACAAAAAUUUAACGGUGAGCACUAAUCGCAAAUGGCAAAUAGUUAUAUCUUAAACGUGUAAGUAUGUGUAUAAACCAAAACAAAAACAAAAAAGAAAAAAAACCAAAUAUUUUUUCAGUCAGUCUUUAUCAAUGUAACGAAGUUAAACUUAAAAAGCGUACAUAUUCAUAAUAAAAUAAAUAUUUGUAUGUAAAUAAUGGGGAACAAAUGCAAAGGGGUACUAUUAAUUAGGAUUUACUAACUGUAAAUGAUUGGUGAUAACUUACUAGAUACACAUAUUUGCUAUUAUAGGAAAUACGAUACAUGUAACGGUGCACGGGUCUUCUUGCAAAUUUUUUGAGUCUAGAGUAUUCAUGUGAGUGAAUACUGUGUCAUUGUUGGUAUAAAACAAAAAAAAGCAAUAAAGUAAAACAAAAAUACAAAAUAAAAUGAAAUGAAAUAAGAAAUUAAAAAAAAAUAAUUAUGAAAUAAAAAUAAAAUAAUGAAGCUAAAAAAAAUUAAGUAAAAAAAUAAAAAAUA